GUGACCUGGCAUGAAAUUGCAAGGCCUCAAGUACAUGGCUACGACAUGCGUUGUCUGGCGAUGAUUGGCCGGUUUCAGUUUGUGUCAGGGGCAGAUGAAAAAGUGCUUCGAGUCUUUCGUGCUCCCAAGAAUUUUGUAGAGAAUUUCAGUAACAUCACUGGCAUUCCAGUGGAGAAGCUGUGCUCCCACGAAUCAUCAGAUCUUCCAGAAGGUGCAACUGUGCCAGCUUUGGGAUUAUCCAAUAAAGCUGUUUAUGAAGGAGAUAUGGCUCUACAACCAGCUGAGGAUGCCGAAACAUUUAAUACCAUUUCAAAUCAGUAUCCUGAGAUUUAUUUUCAACCCUUGAUCCUUACAGAACCUCCCCCAGAGGAUCACUUGCUGCAGAAUACCUUGUGGCCUGAGAUUCAGAAGUUAUAUGGACAUGGUUACGAAAUUUUUUGUGUUGCUUGCAAUAGCUCAAAUACUUUAAUUGCCUCAGCAUGUAAGGCUUCCAAAAAAGAACACGCAGCAAUUAUCUUGUGGAGCACUACUUCUUGGAAGAAACUGCAGAGUUUGUUAUUUCACAAUCUGACUGUUACUCAACUGGCAUUUUCUCCUAAUGACAAAUUUUUAUUAGCGGUGUCUAGAGACAGGAAUUGGUCACUGUGGAGGAAACAAGACUCGUUGGAGUCAGGGCCAGUCUUCAGCUGCUGUGCAUACACAGACAAAAAUACAGCUGUUCACAGUCGAAUCAUUUGGUCUUGUGAUUGGACACCAGACAGUAAAUAUUUUAUUACUGGCAGUCGGGACAAAAAGGUCAUUAUCUGGGGCCACUGUGAUUUAUCUCUGACUAGUGAGGAGAAUAUGUUGGAUUCAGUUAAGCCUUGUUCAACAGUGCUGGAUGCUGGAGAUUCUGUUACUGCUGUCAGUGUCAGCCGUGUGCUUGCUCCUGAUGGAAGAUACAUUGUUGCAGUAGGGUUAGAGAGUGGGAAGAUUAUUUUGUACACGUGGAAGCAGAGCGGGCAAGAACCAGCAGUAGCUGAUUGGACCACGUGUGUUGAGCUGGAUAACAGCCAAAGUCAUGCUCUUGCUGUGAAACAUUUGUGUUGGAGACAUCAUGCAGGCAGAGCUGGACAUAAUGACGAGAGCAGCAGUGAGUGGUUGCAGCUUGCGAGUUGUGGAGCCGAUCACUGUGUUAAGAUAUUCAAUGUCAACAGAUCUGCUCUUUAGCAGAGACAGCAGGCCUGCCUGUGCAAAACAGAUUGACCACAUUUUGUUUCAGCUUUUAGCCUUUUUGAUUGUUGGAUUUUGUGUUUUCUGCUGUGGAAAGCAAAAUAUCUGACAUGUAACUUAUUAAAGCAACUUUUGUGAUAGUUUGAAAUGUCAAA